CAGCUGGUCGAAAUUACAAGAGAGUUCGAUUUGAUAUUUGUUUUUAUCGCUUGAUGGUUAUCAAUGCGACGCGAGAUCUGAUCUGGUUUGAGCUGGUUCGACCAUUAAAAACGCCUUUGAUGCKAGGACGACUCAGCAUUGGCGGASUGAACUKUAAGAGCGGUUAGUUUAUUUUCUUUCGGCUCAGCGACCCAAUAAUUACUCCAAACUACAACACUCGUAGCUCCGAUACGCAAAAAACUACGAACCGKAGUCAGGUGGCCAGUGGGUGAUCAGUUGAAUAUUCAACAACGAGAAAAACUAUCAGCGCUGGUAAUUUCAUCAUUGAAUAUGACAGAUUCCUUUUGCCGGCAUGAAUUUAAUUGCUUGCCAUAUGAACUGACAACCAGGUUUAGCAAUUCAGGCGGUGGAUUUUAAUUCUCUGGCAAGAUUAACAUAUACAUGCGUGUAUUUAUGUKCUGGAACGAGAGCAGACGAUUCACUUUCGAUUCAAGAGGGAAUCUUCGCUACAGUAAAUAUUCUAGAAACCACGACGUUUUGUGUCUACACUUGGAGUGAUCAUCGACAACAAAGAGAGGAAUUCCUUGGUGUGACGGAAGAUGGCUAAUGUCACCAUUGCUUUCAUGGAAAUAAAAAAUUGGUUUUAAUCCUAAGAAAAGGAAAUAUGGUGUAAACACAGACGUUAUGGAGAUGCUACUUCAACGUACGACCAACAGACCAUUUCACUCUGUCUUUUUUCUAAGUCUGACAUGUUUAGUAUUCUUGUCGCUUGUUCAUUCAAACAGUAAUGUCAAGAAUAUUCGAGUAUCUGAGGGCAUUCCGCCGGCAAGCAUUUUAUUGACUUUGCCAGCUAAGCAUGGAUUUAGAUAUGUUCUCGUGUACGCGUCCGGUAAUGGUGCGAGCUUGUUUCAUGUCAGCCCUCGGGGGAUAGUAAGUACUAAAGCAACGCUGGACUACGAGAAUCCGCAUGGUUAUAUAUUCGAUCUAGUAAUAGUCUGUCGGGAGAAUAAUCGAGUCGAAGGAGGCAUAGCUACCAAUGUGCGGAUUACUGUGCUAGACAUAAAUGAUAAUAAGCCAACAUUUCCACGCGACCUCUACGCAGCGACUGUCUCAGAGAACAGUCCAUCGGGGACGUAUGUACAAGGGCUGGAAGGUGUCUACGCGCAAGAUGCUGAUUCUGCAUUGAAUUCAGUGCAUUCAUACACGAUCACGGCAGGAAAUGAGGCGGGAAUGUUUGCUGUUCAAAUGAAUGAAAUUGCAGGCGUGAAGUUCCUGCUCGUGAAAACCACAGCACCAAUAGAUCGAGAAAAAAACCCAUUCUUCGUAUUGACAGUUCAGGUCCGAGACAAUGGAACCAACGUGCUGUCGAGUGAGACACAAAUCCGAAUUAAUAUUCUGGAUGAAAACGAUUGCUACCCGCUCUUUCACCCUCCGAUUUAUUCACUAAGUGUCAACGAGAACACUGCUAUCGGCACUUCCGUUUUGCAGGUCACGGCGCUAGACGACGAUGAUGGCCGUAAUGGCGAGGUUUAUUAUCAUUUUAGCAAAACACACGAUUUCUUUGGGAUCAAUGCACACACUGGAGUUGUCACAAUUACGAGUCAAUUAAGUUUUGAACAAGGGAAUCAAUUUGAUUUGAAUGUUGUGGCUGUCGACCGAGGAAGAGUUACCAGGCUCAACUCUUCUACCUUGGUGAAAAUUCGUCUCAAGGAUGUUAUAGGUUACCCACCGAAYGAGAUCAAUAAACCGCUUCAAAAGCCGACAUUCGAGCCUGAAAAUUACUACGUUAAAAUACGCGAGGAUUUGCCGGUCGGUGCAGCCAUUGUUCACGUUCGAACUGCUGCUGAUGUUGAAUACCGACGACAUUAUUUUAGCUUUGAAUUGUUUCCCUCAAAACUGCGGGGGACUUUUAAGAUGAAUGCUAAGAGUGGAAUAAUAUGUUUGUUAAAACCUUUAGAUUUCGAAUCGUCUAGUUUGUAUAUUUUAAAGAUUCGUGUAAAGACUGAAAACCCAGUCGAUUAUGUAGCUGAAACGGAGGUGCGUAUCGAGGUGACUGAUGUGGAUGAGAAUUUCUAUUCACCGGUGUUUGGGUCGAACACGAUCGUCAAGACGAUAACCCCAAACGCACCUAAAAACACUAUCAUCGAGCGAGUAUCAGCCACCGAUAAGGAUAUUGGCUAUAAUGGAAUCGUUAAAUAUUCUGUAACCGGAGGAACCGGUGCCGGGAGAUUUUUCCUGGACGAGGACAAGGGAUUAUUAAAAUCGUUCGGCAGUCAAAACAUGGAAGCUGAUUCAAGAUAUGAUUUGCAUAUCGAAGCCCGCGAUAGUGCAAAAUUCCCGCGCUUUGCACACAUGUACCUACUUGUAAUCGCCGGCUCGCGACAUCAAAAACGGCCGUAUUUUUUAACACCGUCUUUGAAGGCAAGUCUUCAAGAAAACAGCGAUAAAGGUUCAUACGUAGCUGCCAUUAAAGCAGAAUUCAAAGGAAGACUUUUCACCGAUAAGAAUGGUAUAUUUGAAUAUAGUAUCAAUGGAGGAAAUGAAGACGGGAGUUUUAGCAUUGGAAAAGAAACAGGUGUUAUCUACACAACAAAGAGCCUGGACCGUGAAAGAAAGUCUGAAUAUGCUCUGGAUAUACUGGCAAGGAUUACUGGAGCCUCAGACAARAUGAGCACACUGUCCCAAGUGAUYGUCACRAUAACYGAYGUCAAUGAUAACGUACCUAAGUUUAUAAGCGAAGUAUUUCAGGUCAAAAUCAAAGAAAAUCAAGGGCCUAUAGAUAACCUACUAUGCCUCAUCGCUACAGAUGCAGACAUCGGUGAAAACGCCAACCUKACAUACUCAAUCGUUGGUGGAAAUGMCCAGGGAUUGUUYUCCUUGCAUCCAACUCUUGGAGUUCUGUCAGUCCGAGACUCUCUGGACUUCGAAAAGUCUGAUCAACAUGGAUUGAUUGUUCAAGUAAGUGAUGCAGGAGUUCCAGUUCGAAGCUCGACGGCCAAAGUGAAAGUCGUCGUUGAAGAUGCGAACGACCCGCCGGUGUUUGUGCAGAAGACUUAUGAAGUGAUUGUAUCAGAUAGCACCAAUGCUGGGACAAUCAUUGCUGUUCUUGAUAUAACCGAUGAGGACAAAUUGAAUGGAUUCUCUUCUGUCAGCGUGGACGAAGACGCACAACCUGGUAACACGCUUACGAUUAUCAACGCUACGGAUGAAGACAGUGGUCUGCGAGGACAGUUCAAAUGUACUAUCGACGAUAUUGACGCGGAUGAGAUGGAUACGUUUAAUUUCCGUACUGUCAAUCAAGGCUGCGCGCUUACUUUGUCAAACUACUUGGAAUACUCUCACAGAACGCACUAUUCUUUCAAGGUUCGAGCUACCGACCAAGCAGAUUCCAUUCCACGGCGCUCAUCAACAGCUGUUGUUAAGGUGCGGGUGCGCGAUGGAAACAACAACUACCCAACCUUCCCCCAGUCCUCCUACUGGAUCGCUCUACCAGAAGACACAGCUACAGGCACAACAGUUUUAACUAUCAAGGCCACCGACCUCGAUUCAGGCUCCAAUGCGGCCAUCACGUACGGUUCAUCAGCCAUUGAUGUCUUUCCAAUUCAUASCAAACACGGUACAAUAACGUUACGGCAACGCGCAACGCCCAAUACGAAAUACAAGUUCACUGUUACAGCCUCAGAUAAAGGAAGCCCGAGUAAAUCUACAGUAGCAAAGGUGUUUGUGUCAGUUCAUAGCGUUUCCGAUUCUCCGCCAUCUUUUCGAAAAACUAUGUAUAUGAAAGAGAUUCCAGAGGAUUUCAAGGUUACUGCGGAGAUUAUUAAAGUUGAGGCAAGAAAUGGUGCAGGAUCGGGAAUGAAGCUAAGCUAUCACCUGGUAGGYGGRGAUCCCAAACAACAGUUUAGGAUUGACAGUAAUACGGGAUGGCUGAGCCUACGACAGUCACUAGACUACGAGAAGAUACAAGAAUAUCGACUGGUAGUUCGUGUCGUUCAGCAGGGUUGGACUGCRAGCAUGCCAGAGCUACCAGCUGAGACCAUCAUCCAAAUAAAAGUCCGCGACGUCAAUGACAACGCUCCUCGCUUCGCUAUCCCACAAGACCCCUUCGUUGCUUCAGUCGCCCAGUUCCUCUCAUCGGGUUCUAUAGUAACCAAGCUAACAGCGUACGAUAGAGAUUCCUCAAGUAAUGCYAUUGUAACUUACAGCAUUGAGAACGCUGCUCGAAUUCCAUUUACUAUCGAACGCGAUACGGGUAUAGUAAGGACUAAAAGGGUGCUGAUACACAGCGAGAAAAGCUCAUAUACAUUUGUUGUUAAGGCUACGGACGCAACGUUUCCUUAUAACGUCGGAAGGGCCAACGUAAAGGUUCAUGUCACCAACGUUAGUCCGCCGGUCAGGUUCCAGAAAAARCAUUUUAAAGUGAAUAUGUUUGAAAACGCUGUAGUUGGGACCAUUAUUUUACAGCUAGAACCUCGGUAUGCCGGACAGAAAGAUCUUAAAUAUGCCAUCUCCCGCGGCAACAGGGAAAACGCUUUYUGUGUUGACGUCACAGGGGUGGUAAGGUUACGAAAGAGACUGGAUCGAGAGAAAAAGGAGAAAUACGGGCUCAAGAUCUCCGUUAAGAAGGGAUCGUCGGUUUCCGACGGCCCGAGCGUACACGUUAGGUUACUGGAUGUCAACGACAACGCUCCGAUGUUCACAGAACCUUCGUAUAAGUUGUUAAUUCAAGAAAAUCURAAAGGUGGCUACGAGAUCGGGACUAUAACGGCUAAUGAUCCWGACCAAGGUGAAAACUCCAGGUUGAUUUAUACAAUUGUUAACUGCGAGAAUACCGAGUCGGAUCGAGGAUUUAUGAUCGAUUUGAAUUCGGGUGUUAUCCGAGCCACGAAACCCCUAGAUCGGGAAACUCUCGACCAGCACGUGUUAACAGUUCGCGCCGAAGAUGCCGGAAGUCCAMGACGAUCACGACUUGUCCACGUGGUUGUGGUUGUCCAGGACCUUAACGAYCACACGCCUACAUUUUCAUCGGAAAAUUACCUCCUUAAUAUUCCUUUGAACAGUCGAGUAAAUUCUACAAUAUUCACUGCRGUGGCUUAUGACGGUGAUAGGGAUGCUAACGGCGCAGUUAGAUACARUAUAGUAUCASGAAAYGAUAAGAACUUCUUYCAUAUGGAUUUGUCAAGUGGURCUCUUAAGCUGGCCAAGUCACUGGAAGAUCUGGAAACUCAUGACUUGCAGAUCCAAGCACGUGAUUUAGGACGACGGAUCAAAAAAUCGUCAAUAAAUGUCAAGAUUAUGGUCUAUGCCCUAAGGGGACCCCCAAGGUUUCCAUUUUCUCCCUUCAAAGGCGAAGUCGUCGAAAACCUUCCAGGUGGAAUGACUGUUCUACRAAUCAAAGCUGCAAGUCUUGAUCCAAUCAUGUAUUCAAUAGUSUCUGGAAACGAAGACCAAAAGUUUAAAUUAGAUCCCGGAAGUGGUAGACUAACUGUAGUGACGUCAUUGGAUUACGAGAAGAAGUCUCAAUACCGUAUGAAUGUUUUAGCGAGUGACGUCACAAACCGAAUAAGUAAAGUUGCUGUGCUCAUCAAUGUGGUAAACGUUAAUGAUAAUUUCCCCAAAUUUCUGAAUAUYGAUGAUGGGUUUAUUGAAGGAAGUGCUUUGGCUGAUGUUUCUAUUGGUAGCAAAGUUAUGUCGGUAAAAGCUCUGGACGCUGACAAAACUGACAAAUUAAUGUAUGCCAUAGACGACAUAGAAAGUGCGAAAUACUUUACUAUUCUGCCAGACGGCUAUCUAAAGACAAGAAGGAUCCUAAGAGGKCUCCCUAACCCCGUUACUUUUAGAGUAGGCGUCAGAGACAACGGCAGACCUCCAAAUACAGCAUUUGCAAUGGCGCGACUUGUUCUACUCAAGUAUCAACUCCAACAGGGCGAACACCAGGCGAGAAUUUCCGAAAAUCUUCCGAUUGGUGCGCGAGUUACGACCCUGAGACCUUCAAUUCAUGUGAACAAUGCUGAAUACACAAUUGCUUCGCCUUCAAAAACGUCGUUUAAAAUCGAUAGCAGUUCGGGUGUCGUAACGGUAAAAACCCGACUUGAUUACGAGACUCAGAGGAMACAUCGGUUCAUCGCRAAAGUACAAAACGCUCUGGACGACGGUGACUACACGAACAUCGACGUCGUCAUACAUGUGCUUGAUGAGAACGAUAAUCGACCAAACUUUACCAUGAACAAAACUUACGGACUGUACCUUGCGCACAUAAACGUCAAUCCUAACCCUGACACGGUUAUYUUUACGCUUAACGCUACGGAUCCUGACUCGGAAMAGAACGGCGAAGUACGGUACCGUAUUGUUAAAGAUCGCGAUGGAUACUUUAAGGUGCAUCCUAUAACGGGUGUUAUCACUACAAAGGGUCGAAAACUCUUGCUACUUCCGUGGUAUAACAUCACRGUYGCUGCRUAYGACAUGGGCAAGACGUCUUUGUCAACAAAUGCGUUGAUUAACGUACGUACUGGAAUGUAUCCUCCGCUAUUUGAGAAAGAUGAGUACGAAUUUUACGUGGAWGAGAACACGCAAAUGGGGAUAACAGUAGGUGACGUAAAAGCCAAGAGUUUUUCGGGCGUAAAACUUUGGUAUGAAAUAUUACAAGAUGGAAUAUUUACAGGUAACGAUAAUGGCAAGUUCGUCCUUGAUUCCAACACUGGAAGUCUUACCCUACCAAACCCCUUGGACUACGAGAGAGAUUCCAAUAUCUACCAUCUGAAGAUCAAAGCCUCAGAAACAGCAAUAACACCAAGUUUUAACAGUGCCGUCACUGUGAAGAUCUACCUUCGUGACAGCAACGACAACCCACCGGAAUUUAUACAGCAGCGUUAUCGGGACACAUUACCGGAGACUGCCCCUGUAGGCACCAUCGUACUGGCGGUCACCGCGCGGGAUAGGGACUCCGGUAUUAAUGGACAAUUCCGAUAUUUCGCGGAGAGCGAGUACUUCGCAGUGGACCCCUACACUGGCUGGAUAACGACGAAAAAGGAAUUGGAUUACGAGACCACUCCACGCCAUGCUUUCCUUGUAGUCGCUCAAGAUGGCGGUAAUCCCGCCAAGAACGGGACGACGCGCGUUAUCGUGGAGCUAACGAAUGUGAAUGACAAYAAGCCUGCGUUCUCGCAGAAUCUGUACAGYGUGUUUGUCGCUGAAAAUGCCGUGGCUGGCCAGAUAGUAGCUACAGUGCAAGCCACUGACAAGGACCUGGAUGAAGUUACUUACAGCAUUCUGUCAGGUGACAACACGACUAACUUCAUCAUUGACAGCAAGACAGGCGUGAUAAGACUUGUAAAAACACGACGACCWGAACUGAGAGGACCUUACUACAAGAUGAACAUCAGCGCUACAGAUGGCAUGCUUACAUCAAGGGCUGUGUUGAUAGUGGCAAUACAAGACAUCAACAACCAUAAGCCUGUGUUCAAAGACUGCCAUAAAUACAAACCAAGUGUACGUGAACAUCUUCCGGCUCGAACUUUCGUGAUACAAGUAAAAGCUGAAGAUGAAGACACUGGAGUUAAUGGUGAUAUCGAGUAUUCCAUCACCAAGACCAAGAACUCGCCACAUCAUUUCACAAUUGACCGUGAAUCAGGCAUGGUGACCACUCUACAGGAGUUUGACCGCGAGGUCAAGUCUCAGUAUCAGCUCCAUAUCACUGCUCGUGAUGGUGGGCCAAGCCGACAAGACGCAGAAAGGCUGAUGGGUUUUUGUCAAGUGAAUGUUGAGAUUGAAGACAAGAACGAUAAUCCACCUGUUUUUCAGAACAAACACUACGAGGCCACUAUCGGUGAGGACUUCGAUAUUGGAAGAUCAGUUAUCCAUAUAAGCGCCAAUGACAAGGACGCAGGCUCUAAUGCYCUYAUAACGUACUCCUUGAACGAACCGAAUAACUUCUUUGCCAUUGAYAACGAGACAGGAACAAUCACAACCAAAGCCAAGCUGAUUGGAGCCACCAGGAAGUACCCGCUUCGCGUGGUCGCACAAGAUAAUGGUACUCCACACUUGAAAUCUGACGUUGCCGUCACCAUAACCGUAUUUGGCGAUGGCAACGCUCCUCCGUCGUUCGGUAAAGCAGUGUACACCGCAAGGGUUCGCGAAAAUGUCCCGACAAGUCAUAGUGUCAUUACAGUCAAUGCAAUAGCGAACAACAAUCAAAAUGUCUAUUACAGUAUCGUUCCUGGAAAYYUACCAUUCACAAACAAUCCUAAACGAUUCCAAAUUGACACGAUUAGUGGUGAGAUUAAGACUUCACAUUUUUUGGACUACGAAACAACGGCGAACUUCUCCUUAACCAUUCGAGCUGAAACAAGCUCUAACCCUCCKGGAAUCAACUUUGCAACAGUUAAGAUUUACCUUGAAGAUGUCAACGAUUCUCCACCUGAAUUCAACAUGCCUCGUUACCAGGGUCACGUGUCUGAAAAUGCACCAAUAGGAACGACUGUUGUAAAAGUGAGUGCGUCUGAUUUGGAUACGGGUGAGAAUGGGCGUGUUACWUACAGUUUUGUACAGCGAAGAAGAUUCAGAUCUUGGAAGUACUUCUCGUUAGACGAGAAUCUAGGGCURAUUAAAACAGAGCGAAUCUUUGACCGCGAAAGACGAGGUCGCUAUACCCUUGUCGUUGCCGCGAAGGAUCAUGGGGUUCCUGUAAARGUUAGCACUACKAUUGUWGAAGUKAUCAUUAAAGACGAGAACGAUAACCCCCCMGUCUUUGAACAACAAGAGUACAAUAUUUCCAUAUUUGAGGACAUUUCGAUCGGGGCGGACGUUAUUAAAGUGUCAGCGACAGACAGAGAUUUAGGAAAUAAUGCUAAAGUCAGCUAUCAAAUAACAGAAGGCAAUACAGGCGCUGUUUUCCACAUCAAUAGAGAGUUUGGGACGAUAACUAUUGCUGGCCCGUUAGAUCGUGAAAAGAAAGGCUUCUACCAGCUUGAGGUGACAGCACGAGAUGGCAAAAAUUCUGGUAAGGCCACUGUUAACGUCAAAGUCAAAGACAUCAACGAUAACGAUCCCAAGUUUGAAAAGCAAAGCUACGAGGCCCAGAUCUACGAACAGCAAUCUGGAGGGACAUUUGUUCUCAAGCUAAUAGCGUCUGACCCUGAUGAAGGACUUGGGGGCAUUUUUCGCUUCGCGAUAAGUGGACAAGGAAAGGAUGCGUUCCACAUUGAUCCAAAGACUGGGAUACURAGAACGAGAAAGGAACUAGACCGAGAAAAGAAAGCGAGGUAUGAUUUCCUUGCCUUCGCCGUGGACGCGCCAGGACAAGUUUCUAGGAGGACUGGGUCUGCUGACAUCACUGUUAUUGUUAAGGACAUAAAUGACAAUCGGCCCGAGUUCCCAGAUGUCCCUUAUGUUGGUCACGUGCAAGAAAACCUCGGCCCAGGCGCCAGCGUUAUUAUGAUGACRGCUAUUGAUAAUGACGAUCCCAAUGAGAAUGGAAACGCUAAGAUCGUUUAUGAGCUUCUUUACGAUGCCGAUGGAGUAUUUGAAAUCGAUAGGAACUCGGGACUGAUUCGUACUACGAAGAAGCUUGACCGAGAGGCGAAGGACGAGUACAUGGUGAAAGUUGGCGCGAGCGAUAUGGGGCGGCCUCCCCAGGAGGGGGAAGUGAACGUGACAAUAAGAGUCGACGACGCCAACGACCAGAGGCCAAAGUUCAUCCAUCGUGUGUUCAAGGCAAAUGUCUCUGAGGCCGCUGAUCCGGGCUCUGCUGUCAUGACACUAUCGGCCACCGAUGGAGACACUGGUAUCAACGCAAAAUUACGCUUCAGCAUCGAGGAAGGCAACAAAGAAAGACAGUUUCGUAUUGAAGAAGAUACGGGAAGGCUUCUUGUUGCGAAGAGCUUGGAUUAUGAAACAAUGACGGAUUACCAGCUUGAAGUGAAGGUCCGUGAUUCCGGCGUUCCAUCCUAUAGCGAUACAGCAGAGAUAAUCAUCCAGGUAUUAGACUAUAACGACAACCCUCCGGUCUUCAAACCCGUAUCGUACAGUGCAAGCUUUGAAGAAAACACCGUCGUCAACACCAAACUCCUUCAGGUGUUCGCAACUGACUUAGACACUGGYGAAAACAAGAAGUUCAGAUACUCUAUCGCCGAGGGAGAUCCCGACGGACUGUUUCGUAUUGACGCCGAGAGGGGGGUUUUAUAUCUGAAAAAGCCGUUAGAUAGGGAGAAGAGGCCUAAUCAUAUUCUCUCCGUUCGAGCAGCAAACAUUGGAACAAGUGACUCAAACAAAAUCAUGUACGGCAAAGCGUCGGUAAGCAUCGACGUUAUCGACGUCAACGACAACGGACCUCAUUUCAAAGAGUAUGUCCUUAACCCAUCCAUYCUAGAGAACGUGCCUCCCCCUGUUGAAAUUGUCACUAUCGUCGCCACAGAUCCUGACUCCAACCCAAAGAACCGAGGACCGUUCAAAUAUCGAAUCUUACAAGGAAACGAGAGGAGAUUGUUCAACUUGACUGAAGAUGGAGUGCUCAUCUCAAAUACCCAAUUCGAUCGAGAAGAAAAGUCCGAAUAUCCGCUAGURAUUUGGGGGACAGACAACGGCCACCCACCAAUGAGCAAUCACACAACUUUAGUCGUCCAUGUUAAAGAUCAGAAUGACCACCAGCACGAAGGAGCACAUUUAGAAUUACUCCUUAAUAGCUACGAGAACCGUUUCAGAGGCGGCCAUAUUGGAUUCAUCAACGUCAAAGACAUUGACACCGACGAUGAAAGAUUUUACGAUUUAAGCGAUUCGACCUCGGAGAUUUUCUCAGUCAAUAGACUAACCGGAUCAAUCAUUAGUAGACCGAAUCCACCAGAAGGUUUAUACACGUUGACUGUCAAAGUUUCGGAUCGCACCAAAAAAUUUGAAGAUGUUGAAAGCACUGCAACGAUAAGAGUGAGGAGCAUAUCACACGAGGCUGUGAAGAAAAGCGUUGCAGUGAGGAUAAGUGGUAAAACACGUAGCAUUUUUAUCAAAAACUAUAUCAUAUUGUUCAAGGAGUCUGUCGCUGAGGCCCUGAGCACUACUAAGGAGUUUGUAGACUUGUUUAGCAUCCAAGACGCACCGAACAACGUCAAGCCUUCUGCAAUCGACGUUCGCUUCGCUGUCCAUGGGAGCCCCUACYACGCCCCUGAAAAGCUCAUCACCAUUUUAAAAGAAAACAGGAAGAACCUAAACGCCUUUAAUGUGGUGUCUAUCGGUGUUGACUCCUGCCAGGCCGAUCCUUGCAAGUAUGGUAGCUGUAGAAGUGAGCUGCGCGCGCCUGGUACUAUCGAGGUCAUUGCCAUUGGYAGCAAGUCGUUUACCUCAAUUGAAGUCAACGAUGUGGCUGUGUGUGAGGAAUGUCACGCAAGCAGGAAGGUUAAGACCACGUGCAUUGAUUCSCCCUGUAUGAAUGGAGGCACGUGUGAAGACACACCUAAAGGCUACCAUUGUCGCUGCUACUCUAAGUACAAUGGAAAGAACUGCGAACUAACAACUCGUAGUUUCCAAAAAGGCGAUUGGGUGUGGCUUCCCCCACUGCGACAGUGCCGCAUUAGUACCAUGACUUUAGAAUUCGCAACAAGAGAAGCCAAUGGUCUGAUCCUUUAUGCUGGACCAACGUCACACGUAGAGAUUGGUCARGAUGACGUAUUUGAUUUCCUGGCCAUUGAACUCAAUAAGGGUCGAAUACGCAUGUCCAUUUCCCUUGGUAACCGGAAUGACGUACUAACUCUAGUGGUGUAUAGCUUGGGUCUGAAUGACGGCAAGUGGCAUCAUUUGGAAAUCUAUAGAAAUGAAACGUCGGUUCGUUUGACAUUAGACAAAUGCAAAAAUUCGGUGAUCAAUGAAGGUUACCCUACACCCCACCCCUCUGAAAACAGAACAAUGUGCGAAGUCAAGGGCAGUUUCAAGAACAACGACAACAAAUUCCUUAAUCUCAAUGGACCUCUUCAAAUGGGAGGGAUCUCAUCACGUGACCUGAUGUACCCAAAUCUUAUUAGCAAGAACUAUAARGGUUGUAUACGGAAUUUAAUCAACGAUGACGUCAUGUAUGAUCUCAGUAGUACGUCCAAUUAUGUUGGAUCUUUAAUGGGYUGUCCCGUGAUGGAUAAGCACUGUGUAGCAUCRCCRUGUCAUGCCAAAUCGACUUGUGUCGGCUCGUGGACUGGUUACAAAUGUCGCUGCCCUGUGGGGCAGCUUGGCGAUACCUGCUGGGCAAAGACUGAGCCUGUAAACUACGGCAACGAGAGCAUGACGCAGUAUCUGUUUUCCGACAAGUUUGAGUAUGACCCCCGGGACACUACCAUUGAACUUCGAAUGAGGACUCGAGAUCCUGAUGGCGGAGUGUUGAUGCAUAGUCUUGGAACAGAAGAGUAUGAAUACAGCACUCUGGAGUUGGUUCGUGAAAAACCGAACUCCGAAGGUAAAUCUCGGCUGAUCGUUAUGUACUCGUUUAACGUCGGAGAUGGCGAAGCGAAAGUUCGAUCAGACGUCGAUGUUGGCGAUGGUAAAUGGACAGUGAUCAGAGUGAAAAGAUACAGAAAUACAGCUAAAUUAACCGUASAGAAGAAAGGAAUUCGUUAUGAAUCCAAAGGUUACACAAGUGGUAAACAUAAACUUCUCACGUUGGACCCAAUACAUACCUACAUCGGGGGGAUUCCUCGCAGUCUAAACUUCARGAGACGCCGACGAGUCGGGGAAUCUCUAAUAAAGAAGGACUUCGUGGGGUGUAUAGAUGACGUKCGCUUACAUGGYUAUCGACUGCACUUUAAUGGGACGAUGAACAUCGGGACAGCAUUAACGAGAGGCGUCAUGAAAGGCUGUACRUCAACAGCUUGCAGUGAUAACUURUGUCUUGAWACAGAAUGGUGCUACGAUGCCUGGCGGAAACACGUCUGCUAUCCAAAAAUGUGYGCCAAAAAUCCAUGCAAAAACGGUGGAGUCUGCAUUGAAGAUGUUGAUGAAGACGACCGAAACAAGUUUUAUUGUAUAUGUCCGCCUGCCUUCCARGGAGCUUUGUGUGAUAUUGGACGAGCUGUUGUUGCGCUGCGGCCGGACAUUGGGUACGAAAAUGGCCUCAUUAUAGGUCUGUCUCUAUUGCUCGUCAUCCUCAUCAUAUCAUCCUGUGUGGUUUUCAUGUACAUCAAGCGGUCUCGACGAGACAGCUACAACGUCACAGUGGAAGAGGUCUUCAAACGCGACAACGUUGCUGACUACCACAUCGAUGGCGGAGUUGAAGAAGACGUCGAUGAACGCUUUGGUGAUUACAUGCAUAUGAAUGUAUACGAUGGCGAUCCUGGACAGUUCUCAGCMGCAAAUGGCGGCAAAACACGAUUGCUUGAKCACUGUGGGUCUGACCGAGGCUAUGGGGGCAGCAGCGACGCAAGUCCGACGUUUAUCCUCCUUCAGCCAGUACGAAACACAAGAAAGGCUUCACCCUCACCAUCAGCGAAGUCCUCAGAAGAGGAAUAUUACGACUGCGGUGAUUUUCAUUACGGUCGAGCUGUCGCUGUUGACUUGAGUAACAAAGUUCCUAAGCAAAAACGCCGUAUGGAUCCAAACRUGGGAGAUCAAGAACAACGCAGAUCCGACCCAGAUAAAGUCCACAUUACAACAAAUCCGCUUGUCAAUGGUAAGAUAGUAGAUCAAGAUAAUUGUCAAGGACAUCCUCUUGAGCCGAGGCCGCGAAACAGCUCUAGUAGUAAGAGUGAUGAAAAGAGUGAGAUAUCUUCAUCUGAUGAAGGCUUUGCAUCGCCUUUGACGCAUUCAUCUCCUUCAAGCCAGGAUGAUGGACCGACACACAAACCACCGCUCGYMUACGCUGAAGUACCACUGAAAAACAGAACAAAGUCACCCAAGAUGGUCCCUACGAGGAAUCCAAAAGAAGCAACUAAAACCACUGUCCGURCUCCUGUAAUACCCAAUAGUAUUAUUCGCGACGAUGUCCCUUUUCCUCCUAAAAAGAACAUAGAYGCAGGGUCCGACCCGGACGAGGUUUCUUCUCCACCCGAGAAAGUGCUCAGUCCCGGGGAAAUGGCCGACAAUCCUGUAMACCGGUGCCCUUCUCCUAGUGUUCGGCUCCACGAGCCUCCUAACGACACAUCGGAUAGUAAGCGCAGCAAAGAAAUACCAGGGAAAAAGUUUCAGAACGGUAUACCGGAUAUACCGGAUGAUUUCCCGCCACCGUAUGAUCACCGACAUUGUGACGAUUUCCCGCCACCGCCAAAGGAAGCGUACGCGUGCACGAGUGAACCCGAAGACRGCAAACGCCCUAAAAAGUCUAUAUCGAUGCCYCAUCCCUCAAACUUUCUGCCGCGGGAUACGUUAGAMAGGUUUAGCUACGAAGGAGGGGGAUCGCCUUCGGGGUCGUUGAGCAGUAUCGGUAGUGACUCGGGGGAUGAUGUCACGUGGGCGUCCGUGAACGAAUUUGGUGACCGAUUUCGUAAGCUUGCAGGGAUUUAUGGGAUGCCUCCGUCGGUCUCUUUCAGCCCCCACGAUGAGAUCAUCGAAUAAUGUACAUUAAGGGAACUCCCUCGUGAAAUGCUAUAAGGCAGCCUUGUCUGGCUAGCUGCCUGACUAUCGCGCUACUGUCAUGGCAACUUAAAUGCUGUUGUCAUAGCUACUCAAAGGCYGUAUCCAUGGAAACUAACAUGCAAUGCUUAUGACUACUUGAUCAUGUGCCGGAUCGAAUUCGAAGCUGGCAUAAAUGUCCUGUCUUAGUUACUAAUGGUUUAAUUAAUAUUUCGAUCCAAGAAGAACGUAUUGGAUAAGAUAUAUGGAUAAAACAAUACGAAAAGGGUUUUGUUUAGUUGUUUAUCAUUCAGCUGAUGUAACCGUGCAAUAAUUUGUCAUUCAGUAUUACGUCGUGUAGAGUGCAAGCACUAAAACGCUAAAACCAUGAACUUGUUGAAUACUGCUGAAUUCUACUAAAUUAUAAUAGUUCCGAUGUAGUUCUAUUUUGCACURUUUGGUCUGUACUUUUUCACGCUUUCUGUGUUGCAUUUGAAUUGCACAGUGGAAGCUUUUCAAACAUAGAAAAUGCGAACAUUUGUAGCGAUAUUUUUUAACUGCCUUCAUAAAAUGCCAGCAUAAGCUCUCGUAAAUCAGAAAAUACUAAUUUGUACAAAAUGCGAAUAUUUUUUAUUUGUUUAUUUGUCGAAUGUUUGAUAGCACAUUUCAARACUUUUUUGUAGUUCCGGUAAAGUUCCGGUCAUUCUUCAGGCUCUGYAAUCUCGCACACAGARCCCUGAAGAGCGCGCCAAGAGCGCCAUAGCAAGAAGYCAGUCGUCUAGUUCCUUUUCCUUCUUCUUAAAGAGUCUAAAUUUCGAUACAAAGUGAAUUAUUUUUACAUCCGUCUUAUAUAAUAUAAUAUAAACAUUUUUGUUUGUUAAUAAGAUACAAAUGCUUGAUUAAACCACUUCAGACUGCUAAAUUAUGCUAAUUCUAUGCUUAACAUUACUAUUAAAUAGUUUAAGCUUAUAUGUUUUCCUAGUAUGGUAGAAUAAACUUUAACUCGUAUAAUAUUUUAGUAGGAAAGAUAGACAGUUAUGAAGUAUUUCAAUAUUUAUUGUGUAUUUAUUUGUAUAUGCGAGAACAGGAUACAAUUUGAAGGUUAGGAAGUAUAUUGAUCGAUAACAUAUGACAUUGAAUAAAGUUUAUGUAAAUAUACAUCUUUGGUCAAA